AUGGCGUCUUCUCAGCGGAUUGCCAUCGUCUCCGUCUACGACAAGACAGGACUCUUGGAUCUGGCUAAAGGCCUCAUCAAGAACAAUGUCCGCAUCCUGGCGUCUGGAGGUACCUCCAAGAUGAUCAGGGAAUCUGGCUUCCCUGUGGAAGACAUCUCGGCCAUCACCAAGGCCCCCGAGAUGCUGGCUGGCCGGGUCAAGACGCUGCACCCGGCCGUGCACGCCGGCAUCCUGGCCCGCAACCUCGAGUCGGACGAGAAGGACCUAGCCGAGCAGAGCAUCGACAAGGUCGACUAUGUCGUCUGCAACCUGUACCCCUUCAAGGACACGGUCGCCAAGAUCAACGUCACGGUCCCCGAGGCCGUCGAGGAGAUCGACAUUGGCGGCGUGACCCUGAUCCGUGCCGCCGCCAAGAACCACUCGCGCGUCACCAUCCUGAGCGACCCGACCGACUACGCCGAGUUCCUCAAGGAGCUGGACAGCGGCGAGAUCAAGGAGUCGAGCCGCAAGCUGUACGCCCUCAAGGCCUUUGAGCACACGGCCGACUACGACGCCGCCAUCGCCGACUUCUUCCGCAAGCAGUACGCCUCGGACGGCCUGCAGCACCUCACCCUCCGCUACGGCGCCAACCCCCACCAGAAGCCCGCCGCCGCCUUCGCCAGGGAGGGCAAGCUACCCUUCAAGGUCCUCUGCGGCAGCCCGGGCUACAUCAACCUGCUCGACGCCCUCAACGCCUGGCCCUUGGUUAAGGAGCUCAAGGCCGCCCUCGGCCUCCCCGCCGCCGCCAGCUUCAAGCACGUGUCGCCCGCCGGCGCCGCCAUCGGCACCCCGCUGUCUGCCGACGAGCAAAAGGUCUAUAUGGUUGAGGGCAUCGAGGGCCUCGAGUCCUCGGCCCUGGCCCAGGCCUACGCCCGCGCCCGCGGCGCCGACCGCAUGUCGUCCUUUGGCGACAUGAUCGCCCUCAGCGACGUCGUCGACCUGCCCACUGCCCAGAUCAUCUCCAAGGAGGUUUCGGACGGCGUCAUCGCACCCGGCUACGACGCGGCCGCGCUCGAGGUCCUCAAGAAGAAGAAGGGCGGCCGCUACUUGGUGCUGCAGAUGGACGCCGACUACGUCCCGAGCCCGCAGGAGCUGCGGACCGUCUACGGCGUGUCGUUGACCCAGCACCGCAACGACGUUGAGGUGUCGCCCGCGUCGUUCAGCACCGUCGUCGUGCCCAAGGACGGCCCGGCCCUGCCCGAGUCGGCCCUGCGCGACCUGACCGUCGCCACCAUCGCGCUCAAGUACACCCAGAGCAAUUCGGUCUGCUACGCCGCCAACGGUCAGGUCAUCGGCCUCGGUGCCGGCCAGCAGUCCCGCAUCCACUGCACCCGCCUCGCCGGCGACAAGGCCGACAACUGGUGGCUGCGCUUCCACCCGCGCGUCCUCGGCAUCAAGUGGAAGAAGGGCACCAAGAGGCCCGACAAGAGCAACGCCAUCGACCUGCUCGUCAGCGGCGAGCUGCCCAAGUCCGGCCCCGAGAGGGAGUCGUUCGAGGCUCUGUUCGACGAAGUCCCUGCUGCCUUUACCGAGGCCGAGCGUGAAGAGUGGCUCGGCAAGCUGACCAACGUUGCUAUUUCCAGUGAUGCAUUCUUCCCCUUCACCGACAAUGUGUACCGUGCGGCCCGUUCAGGAGUCAAGUACAUGGCCGCGCCAAGCGGAAGCCAAAACGACCAGCCCGUGUUCGACACGGCCGACAAGUUGGGCAUCACUUUUGUGGAGCAGAGCGUCAGGCUGUUCCACCACUAG